CUGGAAAACAAAAAUCUGGUUCAUUUAAAUUCCUAUAAUAAUCAUAUCGUAUAUAAGAUCGUUAACUAAAUUUCGAUCGAUCAAUCAAACAAAUUCAUCGAUAAAUUCUGAAAUUUGAUCAAAUUUAUUGAAAAAAAAAAAAAAAGAAAUGCCGCCGAAACAAUCAAAAGCGGAGAUAGCGAAGAAGCAAAAAGUAGUAGAAGAUAAAACAUUUGGUCUUAAAAAUAAGAAUAAAAGUAAAAAUGUACAAAAAUAUGUACAAUCUCUUCAACAGAACGUACAACCGAAACCUGAUCCUUCUAAACUUGCUGCUAAGAAAAAGAAAGAGGAAGAAAAAGCUAGAGAGAAGGAAUUAAAUGAUUUGUUCAAGAUUGCUGUUGUUCAACCUAAAGUACCUGUCGGGGUGGAUCCAAAGUCCAUAUUGUGUGAGUUCUUUAAGGCUGGUCAGUGUGCAAAAGGGUUCAAAUGCAAGUUUUCUCAUGAUUUGAAUGUACAGAGGAAGGGUGAGAAGAUUGACAUUUUCAGUGAUAAGCGUGAUGAAGGGACAAUGGAGGAUUGGGAUCAAGAGACGUUGGAAAAGGUUGUGGCAUCCAAAGGGAAAGAGUAUAACCAGAAUAAACCAACCGACAUUGUCUGCAAACACUUUCUUGAAGCAGUGGAGAAGAAACAAUAUGGUUGGUUUUGGGUUUGUCCCAAUGGCAACAAAGAGUGUCAUUAUAGGCAUGCACUCCCUCCUGGUUACGUUUUGAAGUCACAAAUGAAGGCACUUUUAGAAGAAGAAUCUAACAAGCUAGCUAUUGAGGAUGAGAUUGAGGAUCAGCGUGCAAAAGUGAAAACCACCACACCAAUGACUACUGAGUUGUUUAUGGAGUGGAAGAAGAAGAAGUUGGCAGAAAGAGAUGCUGGCUUGGCUGCCCAAAGAGCAGAGAGGGCUAAGAACGACCGCAUGAGUGGUCGGGAGUUAUUUCUUUCUGAUGCAAGUGUGUUUGUGGACGAUGCUGAAGCAUAUGAGAAGUACAACCGAGAAGAAGCUGAUAAUAACGUGAAUAAGGCGCAAAACGGUUCAUCUACAGUUGGACCAAGCACAUCAACAAGCGUAGCUGCUGUUUCAGAAGGGGAUUCUGAAAUUGAUGAAGAUGAUGACGAUUUGGAUAUUGAUGAAUUGAACGAACUCGAAGCAAGUUUGUCAAAAACAUCUAUUAAAAUACAAGAGCCCAAUAAGUAGAUAAUGCAAAUUUUCCUUCCAUGGAACUUGGAACAGAUGUCGGUCAGCUAUCUCAAAUUUUUAACCUACUUAAAGCUUGCAUUCCACAUCCAUUCAUCCAAAUAUGUUCUAUUCUCUUUUGUUGUAUGGGGAUGUCUAUAUAACACAUGAAACGCUCCAAAUGACAACAAAUCUGUUUCAAGUA